AUGGCCAUGCGUGGAUUCUUCAGAAAACUCAAGUUCAUCUUUCGCCUCAAGCGGCGUCAGCGUCCGAAAUUUAUCACUACAAACGAGCAACUUCAUUCAGAACCCGAUCCAGCACCAUUUCGCUUCCUCGAUCUUCCCGCGGAAAUCCGGCUUCUAAUCUAUAACGCUGGUAUUGGCGGACUCAUCCGCAGCUCAUGGGACAAGCCGCUUCUCGUCCACGAUCCUGAGGAUGUGUUCAAUCUGAGCAGCACCGAGGCACAAUUCAUGAAGCACGUCGUCAACUCCAAACUCACGCAGAUCUCCAGACAGAUCCGCAGCGAGGUCCUCUACGAGAUCUUUCAUGGCAAUUGCUGGUCUUGUCUCUUGACACCCUCGCUCGACUUCGUCUUUCCAAGGAUCUUUCUGUUUCCGGAGGCUAGGGAGAUCAGUCGUAUACUUGUGAAGACAUCUUGUUGUCGUAUCGAACAGCAUGCUGCGCUUUUUCAGAUCUUAGCGAACCAAGAUCUUCAUGCGGAGAUCAGAUGGGAGUUCUACGGCUAUGGUGGUCACGUUCAGUGGAUGAACGGAGCCCCUACUUUACAGUGGAAGAGAAUCCCCGCUGUUUAA